UCAUUACGUCACAGUCUAACUGUAGUUGUCCAGCUCGACACAAAGCUAACAGCUAACAGCUCAGAGGAACCAGGAGAAGCUAGCAGCUAACAGCUAACAGCUAACAGCGCAGAGCAGAGCAGAGCAGAGCAGAGCAGAGGAACCAGGAGAACCAGGGGAAGCUAGCAGCUAACAGCUCAGAGGAACCAGGAGAACCAGGAGAACCAAGGGAAGCUAGCAGCUAACAGCUCAGAGGAACCAGGAGAACCAGGGGAAGCUAGUAGCUAACAGCUCAGAGGAACCAGGAGAACCAGGGGAAGCUAGCAGCUAACAGCUCAGAGGAACCAGGAGAACCAGGGAAGCUAGCAGCUAACAGCGCAGAGGAACCAGGAGAAGCUAGCAGCUAACAGCGCAGAGGAACCAGGAGAAGCUAGCAGCUAACACAGACAGUGAAAAUGUCGUCAGACUGACACUAACAUCUCACCCGCUUGUCUCCGUUAUCUCGGGUUAGCUCUGGUUAACCCGGGUGACUGUCGGACUGGUCCCCCGCUUAGCUGCGUUAAAAUGUCCCAGCUAACCGUCCAGUGUUAUUAAUGUUAGCCUCGUUAGCCGGACUCCAGCUGCUAGUUUGUGGUCAAUUGUUUUGUAUAGAAGAAGCAGGCUAGCCAAAGAGCUAGCCUCUCUUUAUUGAAUCUAGCUAGCUGCUGGUUCAAGUAGUCAGCUAACCCGUUAUCCAGUAACGGGUUAGCUAUAAUAAGGGGGUAAUAACCGGGGUAAUAACCGGGUCUUAAUCAUGUAUGGGAUUGUUCUGACCAUCGAGCUCGUUCCCGAAGCGAAAUGUUGUUAAAACAGUCCAGUACUUUUAGCUAGCAGAGCUAGCGUUAGCUGUUAGCCAGCAGGAAUCCGAUUUCUUUGUUUCCAUCGGCAGCUGAUGGUUUAUGAUGUGAGCGCAGGUUAGCGCUGUUAGCUUAGUUAGCUGGUAGAUGAUAGACAGGGCAGCCAGUUGACUGGUUUAGUGUUUGUGUGUGUUAGCAGAUGCAAAGCUAACAGAUUAACCAGUAAACACGGGUGUGAGAUCAGCGGACACCCCAGAGUAGUGUGAGGCUGACAUGCAGCUGUAAGUUCCCCGAUCAUCAGCACUUCACACCCGACAUCAAGUGGAACCUAAGGAGGCAACAUGGCCCUCGGGUCAGCGUGGGUCGUCUACCUGCUCAUACUGUCAGGAUGCAUUGCUGCCUCUCAGAGGAGCGACAAUGUCUAUGUAUCUGGAAUUUCCAACGCCUGCAGCGACGUGGCGGAGCUCCUGCGGGCGUCCAGCGGCAUCAUCACCAGCCCUGGUUGGCCCUUCCAGUAUCCAGCCAGACUGAACUGCAGUUGGAACAUCAGAGCUCGACCUGGAGACACCAUCACCGUCAGUUUCCAGGACUUUGACCUGCAGGGUUCCCAUCAUUGCUCGUCGGACUGGAUGUCCAUCAGCAGCUAUAGGAGCCUGGAUGGACUGAGGGUUUGUGGUUCAUCGCUGCCCCCGCCCUACAUCUCGUCCCAGGACCAUGUCUGGAUCCACUUCCACUCUGAUGACAGUCUGACAGGAAAAGGCUUCAGACUGUCCUACAUCACUGGUAAGCCAGAGGCGUCCAGCUGUGAUGUGGACCAGUUCCACUGCUCUAACGGAAAGUGCAUCCCAGACUGGUGGCGCUGUAACUCCAUGGAUGAGUGUGGUGACAACUCAGACGAGGAGCUGUGUGUGGACUCGCCCUUCUCCUUCCAGCCCUGCAGCCUCAACCAGUUCCCUUGCCUGUCCCGCUACACCCGCAUCUACACCUGCCUGCCGCACAGUCUGCGCUGCGACGGCAGCAUCGACUGUCAGGACCUCGGUGAUGAGAUCGAUUGUGACGUUCCCACCUGUGGAGAAUGGUUGAGGAACUUCUACGGCUCCUUCAGUUCUCCAAACUACCCUGACUUCUAUCCUCCAGGGAGUAAUUGCACCUGGCUGAUCGACACAGGAGACCACAGGAAGGUCAUUCUGAGGUUCACAGACUUUAAGCUCGACGGAACAGGUUAUGGAGACUAUGUGAAAGUCUACGAUGGUCUCGAGGAGAACCCUCGCCGUCUCCUCAGGGUGUUGACUGCCUUCGACUCCAGGGCGCCGGUGGCUGUGGUUUCAUCUUCCGGUCAGCUACGAGUUCACUUCUACGCCGAUAAGAUUAACGCUGCCCGAGGGUUCAACGUCACCUACCAGGUGGAUGGGUUCUGCCUGCCCUGGGAGGUUCCCUGUGGGGGGAACUGGGGCUGUUACACGGAGCAGCAGCGCUGCGAUGGCUACUGGCACUGUCCCAACGGCCGGGAUGAGCUGAACUGUUCUUCGUGUCAGGAGGACGAGUUCCCCUGUUCCAGAAACGGAGCGUGUUACCCUCGAUCAGACCGUUGCAACUACCAAAACCGCUGCCCCAAUGGUUCUGAUGAAAAGAACUGCUUUUUCUGUCAGCCUGGGAACUUCCACUGCAAGAAUAACCGCUGUGUGUUUGAGUCGUGGGUUUGCGACGCUCAGGACGACUGUGGAGAUGGUAGUGACGAGGAGAGCUGUCCCGUCAUCGUUCCCACCAGAGUCAUCACGGCUGCCGUCAUCGGCAGCCUCAUCUGUGGCCUCCUCCUGGUCAUUGCCCUCGGCUGCACCUGCAAACUCUACUCGCUGCGCAUGUUUGAACGCAGGUCUUUUGAGACUCAGCUGUCCAGAGUUGAGGCAGAGCUGCUGAGGAGGGAAGCCCCGCCCUCUUAUGGUCAGUUGAUCGCCCAGGGACUGAUCCCACCCGUGGAGGAUUUCCCAGUGUGCUCUGGGAGCCAGGCGUCUGUCCUUGAAAACCUUCGUCUGGCCGUCCGCUCUCAGCUCGGUUUCACCUCCCUCAGACUCCCUUCCUCCAGUCGUCAUAGCAACCUUUGGCGCCGGCUCUUCACCUUCUCACGGUCACGGCGGUCAGGUUCUUUGGCUCUGGUCUCUGCUGACCUGGAGGACAGCGCAGGCACUGGUAGCACUGGGAGUUCUGGUUCAGACCUGCUGUCUCCGGACUCGGACGAUACAGACACAGAGGGUGAGCGAGGGAGGGAGAGAGGUGUGGGUGCGGUGGGCGGGCCUGUUGCCCCCCUCCCUCAGAAAACCCCACCGUCCACUGCUGUUGAGGCUGUGGUAUCUGUGACAACGUCUGCGACGCCUAUGACCCCAAUACCGGGCAGCGAUAGGUGUCGUGACCGGCCCAGAGAGGCGCCGCCACCUUCCAGUCCUGUCACAAUGGCAACAUCCAAUCCAGAUCCUGAAUGUCACAGUGAUACCUCAGAGAUACAGGCCCCGCCCACCUCUGCCCUGCAUCGUCUGGCCCAGAACCUGCACCGUUUCGCUAGGAACCUGACAAGGACAAGUCAGAACCAACAGAACCAGACCUGGACCAAUCACAGCCCACUCCAUCAGCUGGAGACAGGAAGACACGGGUCCGAAGCUCCUGAGCGACGAGGGAGCAGAGACGAGGAAGAAGAUGUGGAGCUUCUCAUCCCUGUGUCCGACUCUGACUCCUCCUCAUCAUUGGUCAGCGAUGUCCAUCAACCGCUGCUGGAACCACACCCCUCGUCCUCCACAGGCCACGCCCACCGUCAUCACAGAGGGCGGGAUGGCCCCUGUGAACACUGUGGGAUCGUCCACACAGCACAGAUCCCUGACGCCUGUCUGGAGGCAACAGGCAAGAUGGAGAGCAGUGACGACGAGCUGCUGCUGCUCUGCUAACAACCUGCGUGGGCUAACAUGCUAACUGACACAUCAAUACUACGAGUACUACCCUGACCCAUCAUCUAAAGUUAGCGUACAUGCUAACCGACAUGACUACUGCUAAUACAAUCCUGUCCUUACACCUACAGUUAGCUAACAUGCUCCAGGAUUGGUAAACAGUAACACUGACACAACACUUAAAAUUUUAGACAGCAAGCCAACAUGCUAACACUUAGCACUGGAUGACUACUAGCCAACACUUCAGACUGAGAAACUAGCCAUAAUCUAACCCCUUUUAGCAUGCGUUAGCAUGUUAGUUGGACUACAGGUGAGUGCUCAGCAGCCCUCCAGUGAUAUGAACCAAUUAGAGAUGAAGGGAGUGAUGUCAUUAUGGUAAUGAAACCCACCCCCCCACCCAUCCCCAUAUGUUCCCUGGUCCGUCCGUUAAAACACCCCCCCUCUUCCCAGCAGCUGGACGUCCUCCGUGGUAUGGCUUCCUCAAUAGACUUCCUGGUACGACUGUAAACUGAGUCCUGACAGAACAAUCUGAUGGUUCCUGUGAUGAGUCCAAGGAACCUCGUCUGCCUCUGAACUGUGGACGUGCAACAGUUUAAAUGGUCCUUUCUCCAUUUCCCCGUCUGUGCUGUUUAAGGAAAUGAUGAGUAACAAGGGUCAUGUGACCAAUGGAGGCAGCCAAAUACAAGAUUCCCUAAAGUUUGAUCGUCACAGAAUUUCAACUCAAAAGUCCAUUUUCUGAGGGUUCAAUCGUUUCCACCUUGAUCAUGUAGAAACCUGUCACCUGCACUGUAAUGUAUCUUUACUAUAUAUUUAUAUACACACCACUGCUUAUAUAUGAAAUUAUAUAGCUCCCAUUGAAGAUCAGCCCAUCGUCUCGGAGACAACAUGUAACACGACACACUAAAAUAAACAUCUGGAUGAUGUUGUAAAUCAGAGUCCGUCACCUUGAACAUCUGGACCAUCGUAGAAACCCUUCGUGCUGACGGCUCUGAUCAGCUAAAGUCUCGAACACUCAUGAGGCUGCGGUAGCGAACAAUGACGUGUGUGGAGCAGCAGGUGCUCCCGAUAUUUAUUCCUCAAUAUUGUCAUUUAACAUUUAACUUCAUGACCUGUAGCCAUACAUGGAGUCGAGUGAUUCCAGUGGACGAACGAAGCAGAUCUCCACAAACAAUAGAAACCAUGUCAUUGAUCGCAGAAUGUGAUUUGAUGACGAUCAAUGUUAAAACUAAGUAAAGGAUUAUUUCUAGGAUUAUCUUGGCGCUCGCUGCCUCCACUGGUCACGUGACCCUUGUCCCACCUGUCGUAGCGGUGUCCUGAAGACUCUGUUGCUUGAUCGUCCUCAUGUACGUGUCUGAUUCAACACUGAGAUCAGGUUCCUGAUGUCUGACUGGUUCUAAAGGAAAGAUGUCCAAUCACACUGUUAAUUCUAAAAGUCUUAAAGUUUUAUUGAUCCUGUGAAAAAAAGUUGUAGAUGUGUCAAACCUACGAUAACGGAACUGAAACAUCUUUAUGCAUUUGAAUAGUGUUAAUUAUUAUUCAACAUAAGUCUGAAUUAGAGACUGGAGGAGGAGUGUGUUUCAGAGGACGCUCGGAAUUUUAGCUGAUUGUGUCGGAGAAGAUGAAGCGAUCAUGUGACUCCCUCCUCAGACUGAAGCCAUUCAAACGUCUGUAUUUAUGAUCUUUGUUACAGUUUUUGGUACUCGGCUCUCAGCUGACCUUGUGUGACUGUGUAUAUUUAUUAUUAAUAAUAUGACUGUGGUUAUUGUGUUAAGUUGCUGUUGUGUAGCUGUUUUUUCUGACCUGCAUGAUUCAAGUGGUUUGGUGUUAGUUUUUCUUUGAGUCUGUAAAAUUAAAAACUUUAACUGCACUAAAGGAUUAAAGGUUCACAUCAAG